AAAAAAAAACAAACAUUUAAUUUAAAUAAAAAGCAUUUUAAAUUUGCAUAACAACAGAAAACCAUUUUUUAUUUGAGAUGUUCCAUUUUAUUCUUUAUAGCUGACAAUAUUUCAGUAUAGAACUGCCGAAAUAACAUGGAUGAACUACAAAGCAGCAAUAUAAGUGCUAGUGAGCUGGAUGAAGAAACCAAAGAAAAACUUAAAGGUGAUAGAAUUGGUGAUACCCUUUAUAGCCAGUCCUUUGUAAUAAAGACGUUGAUGUGUCUGAGUCAUGAGAUAAAUUGUACCAAAGAACUGGAACAAGAUUUGUGCUUUUUAUGGGACAUGACUACAGACAAGGAUGUUUGCAAAUAUCUUUUCGAGCUGCAAUAUCCCUCCUUGGCUUCUGAAGCAAUUGCUAAUUGCACAGAACCGAGAUGUGUUGAAAUAUUAGUAGGAAUUUUAGCUAAUAUACUCCUAUCUGAUUGUGAAAAAAGUAUGACAGAUACUGAAAUAAAGUUAAUAUUGGAUGCUCUUAUUACACACGAUCCACUGGUUUUAAUACAAAUCAUGAGAUUUAUUGAAGCUAUGGCAAUUGCGUUGCCCGAAAAAGUCUGUUUAUUAGGUGAAGAAAUCAUCGAAGGAAGAUUCCAGUUUAUAUUGAAAUAUUCAGAAAAUUUCGAACUCAUUACUUAUACAAUGCAGGCCUUGGUUAGGUUAACAGAAGGGUUCAAAUUAGAUGAAAACGAAGUAAAUGCCUCACUUUUUAAAGCAGUAAUAGAUGGAUUUGAUACUAUUUUCUCUGUUCAGACUAACAAUUUUGAAGUGGAAAUUGACACAGCAGAAACAAGCAAGAUAGUCAAAAUAUUCCUAAACCUAAUUAGCAAUAUGUGUGCUUAUGCCCAAAGAUUUCAUCAUGAUGAUGCUAUUCCUACAUCGAUAAACCAGAGUGGCCGCCUUGCCAUAACAGUAUGUAGAAUUCUGAAACAUUUUUCUGAAGAAAAAAAUCUAUUUCCUGUGACUCAAGAUUUUAGUGAAUACAUCGACGCUUUCCAAACAAUUGUUACCACCCGUGAUGUUACCUUAGUGCAAGACUUGGACAAUAAUUUUUUUAGGUGCUGUUUUGGAGCCCUGUGCAAAAUAUUAUACAUUUUACAUGGCAGUAAAAACGAAGUUGUGGACGUAUUCAAUACAGUAUUGGAAUUUAUUGGUGUUAUUAUAUGUUUGGUGGACGAAAAAGCAGUGUUGGAUGAAAUAAAAAAUAUUCGUUACCGCCGAGGAAUUGUGGUUUUGAACUCCUUGAAAGAAAGCUCGAGAACAUUUGAAUUUGAUAUUUCAGAUAAGUUGAGGUUUCUUUUUGCGGAAUUUAAGUGAAACAUUUGCCCAUUGUCAUAUAAUUGAUGUUGUAUACAAAGUCUGCUCAGUGAAAAUAACAUUUUUGUUUCUGUUAGUUCCUCAUGGUAUUUUCCUCAGUGUUUUCCUACACAGUUCCCUGUUGGUAAAAUGGGCUUUCAGCAAUUUCCUAGCUUUUCAUUCUGUACUUUAUUUUCUUGAGCAGACUUUGAACUUUAUAUUAUAUGCGUAAUAUGUGGUUAUAUACAAGUGAGCUCAGACUCAAAACGGUUUGGAUAAAUUCAAUAUUUUUAUUUUAUUUUUGGAUUCUCCCUAAAAAUCUGAUCGAACUGCACCUUAUGAAAAUAUCUUUAUAUUUAUAAAGGCCGAUGAAAAGUUGUCAGGUAAAAUUUCUACUAAUUUCAACUACUUGUUUAGAAUGCAUCAUAAUUAUUCCUUGAUGUGUAGGGACUGUUUAAGCUAAGUAUCUACCUUAUGUAGAAAUAAGGUAUGAUCAGAUUAAGUAGAAUCCAAAAAUGAAUAAGGAAAUGAGGGCGCAAUUUUUAAAAAAAAAAAUUGGAGGUCAUGUAAUAGGUAUCUUUUUUGGACAUAAUAUGUGAAAAUUAGUUUAGAGUGUGCGAGCAUUUGCUUGAAAAAUAAUUACCCGAUUUUGUAACGAAUUUACCCCAACCUUUUUGAGUUCUCUCUACCUAUUUGUUGAUUAGGUAAGUAUGAAUCAUGUACAUAUGUACAAAGUUUUUAUUAGGAUCAAAAUAAUUGUAUUCAUAACGUGACUUUUUUUAAGUAUCUAUUUUAUAUCUUUUUUUUUUAUGUAAAUUUGUCUUGUAGCUGAUUGGGUGCUCCUAAGCUACCUCAGAUGCUUUAUUCUUGUUUUGAAAUUUUUUCACUCAUUUUUAGGACCUCUACACCUUAUAAUGUAAAAAAUUGCAUGCAAAAUAAAAUUAAAUUCUAAGAUUUUGUCGUA